AUGAGUGCUCCUCCUAUAUCUUCUUUCGCAGGCGGCGAUAUCGUUUUCGAUCUUGACGCAGCUUUUAAAGAGUCCCUUGUUAUUGCUCGAGAUGUUGUCAAGGGAGCGAUAUUAAAGCAUUGUGAUGCCUCUCUUGAUGGGCAUAAUAUUUGUUUCACGGCUCAGAAAAUACUUGAUGGAGAUACUAGAUAUAAUGGUUUCCUCACCAUGCGAGAUUCAGAAUCAUCCUCAAAUAGGACGGCUUACAAUAAUAAUAAUAAUAUUGUUCAACUUCGGUAUUCCGGGAACACCAUAGGUCCAACUGAUCAAGCGACGACGAUGAUGAUGAUGGGUCGAAUGGCUUCACCUUCACCUUCAUCUUUGCAUUUGAACAAUAAUAUCAAUACUCACUUUUAUGGCGGAAAUUCUUUGCAAAACUAUGGUCAUUCCAAUUUUCAACCACAAUCUUCCUUUAACGUCAACAGCAGCGUCGCUCAAACUCAACCCGAACUUCCACAGGUUGCGGUUUUGCUAAGAGCCGCGAAUGAUUCCCACCAUCGACCACCUUACCCUAUGUUAAACAACAAUUUACAUUCACUCUCUUCAUCAAACCAGCGUCCGCGUCAACUGCAAGAAGUCUCACCUGGGAUUGAAUAUCCUCGAAAUUUGGAGAACCUCUUCUUUCGAUCCAACUCAAUUCUCGCAUUGCAGAAUACCAACCCUACGAUUCGAAGCAACGUUCAACAGCAGAUGAUCGCUCAGUUACAACAAGGUUCUCGCAAUUUCGCACAUCAACAACCUUAUUCAAAUAGCCACACGGCAUAUAGUGGGCAAGGUUCACCUUUAAAUCUAGAAAGAUCCAGCUCGAACGGUUCGCUUCUAUCCAAUUUGGCUCUACCACCUCUAGCCCCGGCUCAAAUAUCUCCACGUUCUCCACGUCUUGAUAAUUUACUCAUUGUAGAAUCUCGAUCUACCACACAAAGUCGCUCAGGAACACCACUGGACUUCGAGAUGGCUAAGAAUACCAACCCGAAGAAGCGCAAGACGCAGACUGAUGAGCAGAAGGCCGCCAAGAAGGCAAAGGUCAACAAAACUGACAAGGCGGAUAAGCUGGAGCUAAUGAAGGACCGAGCCAAAUUCAAUCUGCCAGUUGUAAUUUGGAUGCGCAUUCUCGAAUUCUGCCCUCCCAUAUUUCUCCGAAAGGCUCGUCUCAUCAACAAAGAAUGGAAAAGCUGGAUCGAAGACUACCAAUCUAUCCACAUCAACUGCCGCAGAGAGAACUUUGGUUACAACAUGCCCGAGAGCGUUCCAGGUUUAUCAGCAAAGCAAUAUGUCGAUCUUUUGGGUGGAAAGGGUUGUAUGGAAAUCAACUGCAAAAACAAAGAUGCGAGCAGAACACAUUGGGCCUGGAAGAAGAGGUGGUGCUUGAAAUGCUGGAAGGGGAAGAUUGAGAGGGAAGAUCGUAUCCAAAAACAACACCAACUUGAGUUUCUCCGACCCACUAUGGACAGAUUGCUUGAGUGCAUUCCUGUUAGCAUGUACGACUCUUUUGGCAAACCUCACGAUUAUGUCGAUGAAGCGCAACCUCAGGCCAAUCCCACUGGGACACCCAGACUUUACAAAUACUACCUGCUCAGCGACGUCACUGGAAUUAUCAAGGAAUAUGAAGCUCUCACGCCCGACCCAUACCGGGAAGAUCCCACUCACGAUGCUCAACAGAAAGCUGCCGCCCGCCAAAUUUGGGAGGAAAAAAUGGCAAAAUUAGACGAAGAUCGCAACAAGUUCUUUGAAGCAAAGAAGGCCGAAAACGAAAAGCUCAUGCAACUUGUUAUACAAAUCGAAGCGGCAAUUCGCGAGAGAAGAGCAAAGGGUCGCAAGCCGAACGAUGCCAACCGUGAAAGUCGAAAGUCCCUCUUCAUCGAGGGAGCCAAGCGUGAUAUCCCGGAUAUUCCACUGGAUUUUGUUAUAAGCGCCAAGGCAUUCAAAGCAGCCAUUCGAAUCUUUAGAGACGGCGGCUCGGAACGAGGUUGGAGAACCUUGAUGCCGAAGAUCGUGGCAGAAUACCAAGAAAAGGAGAAAGCUCGCCAAGCUACCAAUGCUGCAAGCGAUGCACCGAGCCUAGCCAACACAGACGAACUUGUUCAAAUGUCUGGCAACAACUUUGGAAAUUGUGGUCUAGAUAAUGGCAAUUUUCCACAAAUUGGCAAUCAUGGCCUUAAACAAAACGCACAGCAAAGUCAACUCCCAGGCCUUCUUCAAGUUCAAAAAGCCGCAAGCCAAUCUGCCUUUACAAACAACAAAUCUUUUGGCAUUGCUCAUACUGGUGGCUUACUUGGCUACAGAAACAACUUCAUGGGUUCAGGAUCACGACCAUCGAAUACUACAUAUGCGUCCUAUCUUGGCGGCAGAUCUCUCAUUCCUUCGAAUCACACUCAUGAUAACAGUGCUCCCUCUUCACACAUGCUUGUCAAUUCAUCAAGUAAUGUUUCUCAACACAACAACGGCUCUGCGGUCGGUUCAUCGAGCAAUUUUUCUCACAAUAGUCAUGGAUUUUCUACCAGCUCAUUAAAUCAUGUUUCUCAGAACAAUACUGGUUCAUUUGUCAGUUCACCGAUCAAUGCUUCUCGCUACAAUGGCUUCAACCCUAGCUCGUUGAACCAUGUUCCUCGAAACAAUAAUGGCUCAUCGCUUGUGUCUGGCAAUCCAUCAAAUUACACUUCUCAAAACAACAGCGGUUCUUCUGUCGGCCCGUCUAGUCGUAUUACCCAUAACAACAAUGGUUCACCACUUGUGCCUGCCAAUCCUUCAAAUGUUGGAUCAUCCUCCACUCCACGAACUUCCAUGUCUAUCGCUUCCCUUAUUACACGAACCCAACCUCAUCAAGGCAACUGA